GAGGGCGGGCGGGCAGGCUUCGGAGCCGGGAGGGCCGGGUCCGCGGCCGGUCGGUGCGCGGCGGGCGGGCGGCGGGCGCCGGUCUAUAUGGCGGCGGCUCUGUCGGGCCUGGCUGUCCGGCUGUCGCGCUCGGCCGCCGCCCGCUCCUAUGGGGUCUUCUGCAAGGGGCUGACCCGCACGCUGCUCAUCUUUUUCGACCUGGCCUGGCGGUUGCGCAUCAACUUCCCCUACCUCUACAUCGUGGCUUCCAUGAUGCUCAACGUCCGCCUGCAGGCCUCUCACCACUGUAGCCUCUCCCGUUGCGGAGCACAGGCUCCGGACGCGCAGGCCCAGCGGCCACGGCUCACCGGCCCAGCCGUUCCGCGGCACGCGGGAUCCUCCCGGACCGGGGCACGAACCCGCGUCCCCUGCAUUGGCAGGCGGACUCUCAACCACUGCGCCACCAGGGAAGCCCACUCUCUUUAAAUUUAAAAAAAACUUACACAGUCAUAAAGCUUAAUGAGUCUCCUGGUGCCAGGAGAUUAGUUAAGAGAAACAGCAGUUUCCUGUCUCCCAUUUCUCCAUCCAGCCGACUGCUUGCAGCUACAGCUGGUUCUCUUAGUGUUUACUUCUCUAUCUCUAAAUUGCACGCUUGUAGUGUUGCUUCUUGACUUUUCAUUUUUUGAGUUAGUCUUUGUCUUACUGUGGGAGAAGAGUCAGACGCAGCUGUCUUCUACCUGAACCCAUAUUUCCAUCCCUCCUCCUUCCAAAAAGAGUUACUGCAUUUUAGCUAGGUUGCUGUUCCUUAGGCUAGCCUCUUAGAAAAAUUACUGAAUACAAAGUAUGUAUUUUUGAAGUUGAAACAUUUAUCCGCGUUCUCUCCGAGGUAUGCUCCUUUUUAAAGGAACAUGUGUCAGACACUUUUUAAAAGUCAUCAGUUAAGGAGGGAACUAGUAAGAUGUUAUAAUCAGUGUAAAGCAGCAUUUAGACAAAACACAUACAUACAAUGAGGAAUGCUAAAGUGAAUUUACAAAUAGAUGUAAAACUGGUCAGUGUGCAUAGGGCAGUAAUCCGUUGCAUUCCUCUGGACAAUAUUAAUUUCCAUUUCUUUGGACAGGAAAUCACUUGCCUUUUAAGUUUUCUACAACUUAGAGCUGUGAAGCAUCAAAGAGAAAUCUGUGGAGCCCUGUUACAUUAGAUAACGCAGAGAAUGCACUAGACAGCGCACCCAGUAAUGUUGUUUUUUUGGGUCCAUUUCAAAGCCUUUCACAGUUUUUCCUACAUCUUCCCCGUUUGGAGCAUAAUGUCACAGAAAGAUUAUUCUUGGUCACAGAAUCUCAGUAGGUUUGCAGGUGCCGCAGGGUCAGUGACCACAUGGGCCACCUCGAGUUUGCUCUUGAACAACUGGUGAAGUCGCAGAUCAACUUCUGUCCAGAAGUUUUCAUGUGGAAUCUGAGAGUGGGCAACUAAGCCCAAGAAGCUUUCUCCGCCAUAUUUUUACCUGCAGUACAUAAAAAUCUGGGUGAAUUCUUCUCUUAUGGAGGCUCCAAAAUUUGCCGAGACUCCUGACCAGCCGGCGGGUGAUCUGAGGCUGGAAUCUUGGAUCGCAGAACCCCUCCAGGCUGGUUUUCCUGGGAGGGCUUUGUAGACAUUGGAUCCAUAAGUAAAGUUGCCCUUGAUUCCUUAAAAGUGGCUUGUCGUACCUGAGUCACUGAGACUCAUUCUCAAAUAGGACACUUUGGUAAGACCUUGGUUGCCUAAUUGUGUCAUCCAAUUUAUCCUGGUUAAAGGGAGGACAGAUUUUUUUUUUUAAUUUUAUUUAUUUUUGGCUGCGUUGGAUCUUCAUUGCUGCGUGGGGGCUUUCUCUGGUUGUGGCAAGUGGGGCUCCUCUUCGUUGCGGUGCAUGGGCUCUAGGCAUGUGGGCUUCAGUAGUUGCGACACAUGGGCUCAGUAGUUGCGACCCGUGGGCUCAGUAGUUGUGGCUCUUGGGCUUAGUUGCUCCACAGUAUGUGGGAUCAUCCCGGACCAGGGAUCGAACCCGUGUCUCCUAUUGGCAGGUGGAUUCUUAACCACUGUGCCACCAGGGAAGCCCCCAGGAGGACAGAUUUUUUUAUCGAACCUACAGGAAUAACUAUAUUGCCACGAAAAGUGCAGAGCCUCAGAAUGUAUACUUUUAUUAUUUUUAAGUAUUUUUAGGAAACACUGCAUUAAUAAACUACUGUUCUUUCUGUUGUGGUUUCUAAUUGGUAGGUUGGUAGGUUGAUAUCCUGUUUUCUAUCACAGUGUAGGUAUCCUUGGGGUACCAGAGACUGUCAAAGAUAUCUUUGUAUUUGUUGGGAAAUAGCUGUGUGUGGACUCUCUUAAGACCCUGUCUUCAUUAUUACACUUUAAU